AUGAACAACAACAACUUCUGCUUCAUGAACUCGAUUCUGCAGGUGCUCAUAUUCAUUCCGUCCUUUGCGCAACUGUCUGUGUCAGCGAGCUGUGAUGCCCAGGCCUGCCAACUGUGUCCCACAUUGGCGACUUUUGGAAAGUGGGCACUUCAGUACUGGAAGCCUGGUUUCACACGGCUAGCAAUGACAGCCCCGAUGUUGAUGCCGCGCGUGCCUGCUGGCACCAAAAACAGUAAGAGCGCCACCCCUCAGUCCGCCGCGGUGCCUGCCUCGCAGCGGGUUCUUGAUGGCUCUGUGCAGGAGGACGCUCAGGAGUUUCUUCAAAUGCUGCUGGAGCGUCUGCAUGAAGAGUUGGUGAGCUUGGAGAGCGUCUUGGAGAAGGUGGAGGCAUCUGAAACGGCAACAAAGAGCGGGACAAGACCGACUACUCCUUCGGCCUCGACGAGCACUACGAUUGCCGGUGAUGGAAGCGAUGCUCCUGGCAAUGUCACCCCCUCGGCGUGUCAUCAGAAGGGCUGGAUGAUUGUGAAGGGAAAGGAGAAGCUGGCAGUGCGGGAGCAUGAGGACGCACAAGGGCAAUCGAAACUGCUAGGAAGUCUCUUUGGGGGCACGCUGGAGAGCUACUUGCAGGGGAAGCAACGUCAACGCGACCGUGUGUCAGUAGUCAUCGAGAGGUACUACUGCCUCCCCGUCGACGUGGGCUUUGCACCAGAGUGCACGAUUGAGCAGGCUCUCGAGCACACCUUCACGACAGAGCGCAUCUAUGACAGUACGCACGAAAAGAACCUUAAAAAGACGCUUCGCCUAGGCCACCUGCCCUUCAUUCUCUUCCUGCAGCUGCGCCGCUGGGCCGUGACACGCGAGGGCGAGCUUGUAAAGCUCGACAACGUUGUACACAUCAAACGAAUGUUGCUGAUUCCACGCACCAUCUGCGGGGAUGAAACACUUGACAACACAGAGCGAACGUACCGUCUUUUGUCCGUUGUGUGCCACCGUGGCGACGCCGUUGGCUGCGGGCACUACGUCACUUAUUUGGUGCACCACGCCGCGACCCCAGCCAUCCUGAAGGUGCAGGCGAGUGAGCCGGGGAACAAGAAGGCUGCAAUCAUGCGCUCGCCGCCCGACGCGGCGACGGUGAUUCUCUGCAAUGACGCCAAUGUCUCUGUGUGCCCAGCAAAGAACAUGGAAAAGGAGACCAUGUACUUUCUCGUCUACCAGAAGACAGGUUGA